AGUGUGAAUCCAUCAAUGGAAUAGUGUAGAUAUAUAUGUAUUUAUAGACAUACAUACGCAUGGACGGGGGGACGAAGAGCAGCGGGUGGAGAGAUUGGGUGAUCAAGGUGAACGAGGAAUCUAUCAGACGACCCAAAGAUGACGAUGACAACGCCGCCGCCAUUGUUAAGAUUGAUGGGGCGGCGGGUGGCGGGAUGACGAUGGAGGAGGAUGAGCAGCAGCAGGAAGAGCGGUGGAAGAAGCGGUGCAUAUACAGAGUCCCAGCGGCGUUUGCAGAGGUGAACAAGAAGGCGUACACGCCGCUAGUCGUGUCUUUGGGUCCUUACCACCACGGGGAGGAUCACCUAAAGGUGAUGGAAGGGCACAAGCACCGCGCAUUGGUUCACUUCCUCAGGAGGUCCGGGAAGCCGCUGGAGCGCUACCUCCACGCUCUCAACCCCCUCGCCCAGGACCUCAAGGACGCCUACGACUCUCUCCCGGCCGGCGGCCACCACCAAGACGACGGCGGCAGUUUCCUGCAGGUCAUGAUCGUGGACGGGUGUUUCCUGCUGGAGAUAUUGCGCACGGCGGCGAUCUCGGCAUACUACGGCCUGGGGAAGGACGACUACGCCCCUUGGGAUCCUGUUUUCAGCGACCACGGGAGGCUGUACCUCAUCCCCCAUCUCAAGCGGGACAUGCUUCUCCUCCAAAACCAGCUCCCCAUGCUCCUCCUCUACACCCUCCACGCCGUCGCUACAAACCAAGAGUAUGAUGGCGAUGACGAUGGCGGCGGCCCAUCAGAAAAUGACGUGGAAUUCAUCAACAACCUGGUGGUGAAGAUAUGGAGCCCAGACGCGCGUGACAGAAAGUUCGGGAAAUGCCUCCACGUACUGGAUCUGUACCGUAAGAACCUGCUCUGGGAGCCACCCAAGUACCUCCGCAAGCGGCACCAGUACCUGAACAAACUGAGAGGCGCGCAGCGAGCGGCCCAGCUGCGCCGCCGCAACACCACGGUGGCGACGAGGGGCGGCGCAGGAGAGGCUCAGAUCGUCCGAUCGGCGACGGAGCUGUACGAGGCGGGGAUCCGAUUCAAGCGGAACAAGACGCGGAGCCUGAAGGACAUCUCGUUCCGGUGCGGGGUGCUGCGGCUGCCGCAGAUCACGGUGGACGACACGAGCGAGUCGAUGUUCCUGAACCAGAUGGCGUUCGAGCGGGCGCACGUGGGGGCGGGGAACGAGGUGACGGCGUACAUCUUCUUCAUGGACACGAUAAUCGACAGCAACAAGGACGUGAGCCUGCUGCACAACUCCGGGGUGCUGCUGAACGCCGUCGGGAGCGACAAGGCGGUGGCGAAGCUGUUCAAUUCGCUGUCGAGGGACAUAACCCUAGACCCGCAGAGCAGCCUGGACGUGAUCCAGAACGAGGUCUGCGAGUACUGCAAGAUCCCGUGGAACGAGUGGCGGGCCAAUCUGAUCCACACCUACUUCCGGAGCCCAUGGGCCUCCCUUUCCGUCUUUGCCGCCAUCUUCCUCUUCGCCCUCACCAUCGUCCAGACCAUCUACUCCAUCUUGCCCUACUACAAGCCUUCUUAAUAUCUCUACUAAACUAAACUAAAAUACACCUGAACCACUACAAUCUUUUUGGUUUUUUCUUUGGGGUCAAUGUGAUUUUAUCCGGGUUUUUGAAGUAUUGAAUUGGACCGGUUUUGGUGUCAGGUUCUGGAUUCGACCAAUCAGGCCGUGCGGUCUGAGGCCAAUUUCCAAGUUUUUUUUUUUUUUGGUUCUUUUGAGGUCAAUCUGAUUCUAUAUUGGU